AUGUACAGUAGUAGAAAUUCAAUUUUGCUUCUCGGAAUUACAAUAUUCAUACUUCUUCUUUGGUGUACAGUUCAACCAACAUAUGCUGAUACAAAUGAAGAAGAACACCAUGUUAUUGACAAUACUGAAGAAGAUAAUAAUUCCGAUGAUGAAAUUAAUGAUUUCGAUGACUUAUAUCGCCGUGCAUCCUUACGUCCUUAUGGUUUGCAGCAACGUGCAUCACUUCGACCAUUUGCCGGUAAACGUGCAUCACUUCGACCUUUCGCUGGUAAACGUGCAUCACUUCGACCAUUUGCUGGUAAACGAGCAUCAUUACGUCCAGCAAAUUAUGUUGGCAAACGAAAACGUCGAAAUGUUUUAUUCUAUGAUGAAUAA